AAUGAAAUCAGGUGCGAACGACAACGACAAACGAACAGCACACAUAAACCGAACAGAAGGAAACAAAACGCGGAAGUGAAAAGUGCAAAAUUAACAAAUCUCAGUGCAAAGUAGAUACAAAUUGUGUGAAAAGUAUAGUGCUUCCAAUUGUAUACUUAUAAAUAAAGUGAACUAGUAGCGUUCAAACAAAACAAAAACAAACAAUAACAAAUACUGAAGUGUGCGCAACAACAACAACAAACUUAUUCACGUUAUCUCAUAAAAGUGUGACAAAUAUCAGAAAAUGCCUUUCAAAUGGAGCCCCCCACAACGUAAGAAACUUACCAAGGGGGGCUCCGAAGCAUUACUCUCUUCAAAUUCAUCUCUAACGUCGAAUACUUCGAAUGCAAACAAAUCCACCGCAACCAACAAUAUCCAGCAGUAUGACGACGAUAACUUCUUACAACAGAAGCAACAACAACAGCAACACAACUCAGCACCACUGAAACUCGGCAAUUCGAAAUUUCCACUGAAACGUUCAACAACCGCAGAUUGUAGUACAAGCAGCUCAAUGCAAUCGCUAUGCUCAACGAAUUCCACAAAAAUCGCCGAUGCGAAGCGUGAAAAGGAAGAUGAUUAUGACUUUGAUCCAAAAUUAGGUCAUCAUUUUCAUAAUAAUCACCAUCACACACAUUCGCAUGUGUUCGGACGUGGUGGUGGUAGCAACAGCUCAAGUGAGAGUUGCAGCGGCAGUAACAGAUUCGGUGGUAAUACGUCGAAGCGGGGCAAAAAACAAAUAUGGGGUUCUCGCGAACGCGCAGGCAUGAGUUUCUUAAUUGUUAUUGCAUUCUUUGCCGUCUUCGGACUGAUUGUUUUGAUGGAGCUCUUCAUGAUCGACGACCGUACGCACACUGGUUUGAUGUCGUUGCGCCAUGCCAAUAACUUUGGCUCACGUUCGGGUGAUUCAAUGCCGGAUUAUGAUAAUGUGAAGGAUGACUACGAUUUGCUAGAUGAAAAUCUACUGACGGAUAGUAAAUUGGGAUUUGUACAAUUUCGUGAUAAUAAAUUAAAAAUUCAAGACGCUGAUGGCGAUGGCAAUGGACGUGUGGCGGGCGUACUACUCAAUUCCGGCAGUGUCUCUGCGCAGCCACAGCGCGGUGCGGAUGGUGGCGGUGCAGCCGCAGGAGUGGGAGCUGCACGACCAGGCGGCAUGGGUACACCCAUUAUACCCUGGGGUAAAGUAUUGCCCGCCAAAGUGGAGGAGACAUUGCCACACUUUCCGAUUGGCGUGCAGCCAAAUGAUGGCGCUUGGCAAGUUGUCAACGGCACACGCUUCAAGUUCUUCGUCUUUUCGACCUAUUAUGAUCGACGUGAUGGCGCGAAAUUGGUGCGCGUCAUAGGCGCAACCAAGACACGUACACCGGAGCGGGUGUGGUGUCGCUUCUGGUAUCCACAGCAGUCGCCGCAGCAACAACAACAGCAGCAACAGCCGUCAUAUACAUCGGCGACUGUGAUGGCGCGAGUUAAGGUUAUACGCGAAAAUUGGAAUCUCAAAUACAGCGCCGUCUUUGUGCUCUGUCCGGUGCGACCCGCCGAGCUGGAAGUGCCGCAUUACGUGAGCAUUGUGGCACGUUUACGCGCCCCACCGGGUAAUCUUCUACAGCUGCGUAACACCGAUUGGGAUCCUGACUUUGUGCAUCUCCGCAAGCCACCGGCAGCUGCCAAUAGUAGUGGUAAUGCUGCGCAAACUAAUGCAUCCGCUGCACAACUUCAGCGUCAGCAACAACAACCACAAUACCAUCGGUAUGCAACAAUGUCACCGGCCGGUGCACAAUAUUUGCCAUUCGGUUUGCCCACCGAUGAACAGAUACCGGAUAAAAUCGCUGUCUGCGUGAAACCCUUCCAUUUCAAUUAUGACCAGGCAUUGUAUCUAAUGGAAUUCCUGGAGUUUUACGCUCUCAUGGGUGUUGCUCAUUUCACAUUCUAUAAUCACACUUUGGGUCCGCACGCCACUUGCGUGCUGCAACACUACAUUGACGGUGAUAUACCGAACACUUCGUCAGCGUGGGAUGUGGAUUUGGCGGAGGUGUUGGGCAAAGGUGUUUCUCUAAUGGGACAGGAUGCGGUUAAAGUGGACGCUGUGCUUAGCGGUUACUAUAAUCUUCAUAGCAACAACAAUAAUUACAACAAAGACAACGAUGGUAACAAUUUGAACCACAAAAUCAACAAUAAGCGAGAGUAUGCUGGCAAUCAAACGGGUGUGGCAAAUUCAGAAACGACACAACAAACAACAGCAACAACACAUGAAAGAGAAGUAACCGGUGCAUUACAACCACCGCCACCGCCACCACCGGCUGAACCGCAACAGCAACAGGAACAGCAGGCGAAACCACCUUUACAAACAACAUUGCCACCGGUGAAGCGUUAUAAGAGUACACAAUACGCAAAGCCCACAAUUAAUAUUCUGCCAUGGAAUUUGCGUAUGCGUUCGCAAAAGGAAAUACGCACCGAGGGGCUUUUUGCGGCACUCAACGAUUGCCUCUAUCGUACGAUGCAUCGCUACCGAUAUUUAGCGAUGGUGGAUUUGGAUGAAUUCAUUGUGCCACGCCACAACGACACGCUCAACGAAUUAAUUAACUCGCUUAAUCAUCGCUUCCGUUAUCGCAAUCUCGGCGCUUACUCCUUUCAAAAUGCCUUCUUCUAUCUACAAUUCCCCGAUGAUCCACUGGUGUCGCUGGCACAUACUCAAUCGCAGUCGUGGCAGGCGCAACAGCCAUACGCGCACACAAAUCCGGGCUUACGCGCCUCAUUGGUGACACAACGAAAGACACGCAGACGACUUAAGCUUCACCCGCAGAAACAACGUUCCAAAUACAUUUGCAAACCCGAAUCGGUUAUCGAAGCUGGCAACCAUUUUGUUUGGGAAUUUUCACCAGGAAAAGGUUCGCUAAAUGUACCACCAACUGAUGGCAUAUUGCAGCAUUAUCGUGUCUGCGAAUUUGGCGGCAACGAUUGCAUCAAAGCUCCUUCGGUGGUGGAUCGCACAGCUACCAAGUAUGUAAAUCGUUUGGUGGAGCGAGUUGAGCUGGUCUACAAGCAUUUGAAACAACGUUGCGAUCUUCCGCCGCUACCGAACGAACCACCUUCCGAGCAACAACAGCCACAACAACCACAACCCGAACAACAACGAAAGCAGCAGCAACAAACACAAAGUACAGGUGAGUUGUUUAAGGCAGAGGUGAACGCUAAAGGUUUAGCUAAUAAAACCAACAAUAAUAAUAACAAUAAUAACAGUAAUGGCGUAAGUAAGAAACGCGCAGCGCAUCAAAGCGAUGAUGAGCGUAUAAGAACAUUAGCAAAUGUCAAAUCGAAACGUGACAACGAUCGUGAAAAUAACAGUAAUUUUAGAAAUAGCGGUACAACGAUACAAAAAACAGCAGUAUUAAACAGUUUCAAUAGCAUCGAUCCAACGCCGAGUGCCGUACAACUGGAAUACAAAGUGAAACGACAAAAACGUAAAGUUGUUGUAUUCGAGCAGGACGAAAAUGGUUUGCCAAUAGCGCGUAUUGAGUAUGUGGAUGAGUAGAGCGGCGAAAGGAACAAAGAGAAACAAAUUUUAUGGAGCAAAUUGGUUGUUUUUAAAUGUGAAAAUAAAAUAUAUAUUGUGAAACACAGGGUGGUAUAUAUACAAAAAAAAAGAAAAAAAAAAGUUUAUUUUAAUAAAAAAUUUGAAAUUGGCGCCUGUUAAUAGUUUUUGCGCUUAUGAGUAACGCUGAAAGUUUGCAAAAAAAUAUUUUAAGUGAAUAUAGCGCAACUAGUACUUAAGUCUUCAAUUAUACUUGUAAUGUUAGUCGAUUUAUUUUUUAAGAGAAUUAUGAUAAUUUAGAUUUUAUAAUGAAAUAUAUUUAGAAUUAUGGAGUAUAUUAAUUGUAUUGUAGA